AUGGAGCCUUGGAAAAAUCAUUCUCUCUCCAUGAAUUCCUUCAGUCCACCGCAGUUUGCGGUCAAUAUGACGAGCGCCGCGCUGGAUUUCCUUAGCUCCCGCGAUAUUAAGCCUCAAUGGUCAUGGAUAACCGUGGCCAUUGCGACAAUACUGGCAACGUACACAUUCGAUAUGGUCUCGAAAUUGUACCGUGACCAUAGGCUUGGAAAACUCGGCUCGUCAGCAAAACUCAUUCCGUUUAUGGCUCCUCUCGGUCUCGAUGUCGGAAUCUAUUCAUUGUACCGAUUCUUCACCAAUACCUACUUUGAACUGGUUUCAGCAUGCUUCGGCAAGGGAGAGGUGACCAGGCGCUUUUGGGCCAACAUGAUCGGCCAAAGACAGAUUUUUGCCAUUGAUGGCGAAUAUUGUCACAAAGCGAAAGCGCUCCUCCGUCCCCACAUUGGCCACGCUCGUCCCGAUGACCUCACAAACACCGAAUGCCAUGUGCAGAGGUUAUUCGAGCUUUUUUCCCGUGAACAAGUCCUCGAAGUAGUCGGCCGACUCCAUUAUUUCCGAACCUCCUUUCCGUGCUGUAAUGGAUGUGCCUACCUAGGCGAGCCAUCACGAGAGGUACUGGAGGCUGUUGGAUGUAACGAUCACAAACUCAUCAACGUUCCCGCAGAGAGGUUUUAUUCUUCUCUGAAGGACACUGGAUACGAAUAUGCGGACUCGUUCAAAGCAUUGACGAACUUGAGGCGAAAGCCUGGUAAUGUCUCCGGCUCGGCAGCCACUACGGCGCUGGAGUCUAACGGGAAGACUCUCACUGUUCACCCAGCCGUGUUGGACGCUGCCUUUCAUUCCAUACUCCUUGCUUUCAGCCACCCGGGUGAUGUAUCUUUUGAAGCUUCGAUUCCCCUGGGCACUGAGCAACAAGACAUGUCUGGGUUUGAAGGAGAUGUGGAAGUCCAUAGUCAUACUGGUGGGUACUGCGCAAUUCAAGUUGAAGGACUUCACGUCGUGCGGUUCACACCAGCAACGGCUGGUGAUGACGAGCAACGGUUCUAUGCCAUGCAGUGGAUCGAUGCCGAGCCGGAUGCUGCAGUCUCUGGCUCGUGCCAGCCAACCGCGGAGGAAAAAGAAUUGGCAGAUAUUCUAGAGCGAGGUAGCCUUUUUUAUCUACGCCAACUGGAGAGCCAAAUUCCCCUUGAUUGCCCUGGCCGGUCAGACAAAUAUCACGCGACCUAUCUCAACUUCGCCGCCCACACACUACGAGAAUGCCAGGAUUCUAAGCCAUUCGCCAGCCAAUAA